GAAGCUGAGCGCUGGCCUGCUGGUUUUGCUGGUUUUGCUGGUUUUCUGCCUUGGGAAGGGACAGAGGAGGGACGGAAGGAUAUCGGGUCGUGGCGCUUGGUACCGUCUGUGGAUAUAACACUUUGUGGCGCGGCGCCACGGACGGCGCUUCACAUAAUUCCAAAACAAAACAACCGCAAACGACGUAUAUGAUCAACCCACGAUGCUCUCUCAGGGCUCCCAGGCUCAUCACCCCUCCAUGUCUAUUCCACCAUCAGCUACCGUCGACGAUGCCAUCGUCGUCGUCAGCAGCCCCGCCAGCGGUGAUGUGGGCACUUGGAGCCCAUGGCCAACUCAUCCUGUCGAUCCCAGCAUCGUACCUACAGUCCCCUCGUCGCCAACCAGCCCUGCCAUGAAUCUCGUCUGGUACAAUACAGACAAGGAAUCCAUCCCGAAGCUCAUGCCUACCAAGAUGUAUGUCACCGAACCCAUGAACAUCAGGAAGAAGGAUGAAAUUCUUGCUGACAUACCUCCUUUUCGCUACUAUCCUCCUUCUCCACCUCCCUCUGAGCCGCGGGCAAGCUCCGAGGGAUCCAAUCCUCUCCGGCCAGAGGACUCGCCUGACUUGUCAUCAUUCUCUUCCAUGCACGCUGAGACCGGUGAUGCGGACACUGAAUCCGACUCUGAUAAAGGAGAACCACGUUCUCCCGAUCACGAGGAGGAGGACACUAGCAGUGACGACCAUGACAACCCAAAGACUCCGUCGGACGCUCCCCGACACCAAGCCAUCUUCUAUGGCAGACAGGAAUCUGCAGACUUAUUGCAAAGUGUCACAAAUGAUACAGACUCUAUUUGUGUCUCUUCCGUCCGUGCACCCCGUAUCAUAACUCCGGCUGGCCCUUCGAAACUGCGCGACACUGAACCGCAGGUUACGAUACAGGUUCACAAACCAACAAACAGUCGUUCACCAAAAUCUUCACCGUCACCUACGACCAUUCGAUCGGGUUCAUCCCGUCGUGCCGCUACCCGUGCGCGUAUCGCUACAAAGAAGGUGCAGCAACUGGAGUCGGAGGAUGACACCGAUGACGACAGUGAAUAUGAACAGGAAUACACAGCAGGUCGACGAUGAGUACGAUGAACUGGAUGACGAUGCCGCGCCCAAGAAGCGGAAGAUUAAAUCUACUAGUAAAGCUUCAAAAAAGCGAAAAGCUACUGAACGGUUCAGGUGCACCAUACCGGGGUGCACCAAG